AUGGCGGAGAACUGGAAGAACUGCUUCGAGGAGGAGCUCAUCUGCCCCAUCUGCCUGCACGUCUUCGUGGAGCCCGUGCAGCUGCCGUGCAAGCACAACUUCUGCCGCGGCUGCAUCGGCGAGGCGUGGGCCAAGGACAGCGGCCUGGUGCGCUGCCCCGAGUGCAACCAGGCCUACAACCAGAAGCCGGGCCUGGAGAAGAACCUGAAGCUCGCCAACAUCGUGGAGAAGUUCAACGCGCUGCACGUGGAGCGGCCGCCCGCGGCGCUGCACUGCGUGUUCUGCCGCCGCGGCCCCCCGCUGCCCGCGCAGAAGGUCUGCCUGCGC